CUAUCGAGCACGUUUGUGUACAAAUAAUUAAAAUUCAAUUCAAAGCCAUUGUGCCAAUACUAAAAGAUUGUUAAAAAAGACGAUUCCCAAGAAGUGUUGACGUACUGGAUCCUUACAAAAUUUCCUCUAUUUGUAAAUUAUCCUAGCCUGAUAAAACCAGCCCAUUAUUCUGCACACAGGCUAGAUAUAAAGUGGAGUUGUUGAAAUAUACGAUGCCGUACAUCAUUCGGUCUUCGCUUUUUAUGUUUUUUAUUACGACAGUUGUCAAAGGCCCGUAUGUGCCAAAAUGGUCGUGCGAUUUUGAAGAUGGUUUUUGCGAUUGGUACAAAGUUGAUGUCAAUGGUUUUGGUUGGGAACACAGCGCUGAUAGUCCAAACAAAAUCAAAGAUCAUACAAAAGACAGCGUCAAUGGCUCAUUUACAUACAUACUAUUAGGUCAGUGGAUGCGAGGUGACGCUGGAAAGCUAGUCUCACCAUUACUCAGACCAGUAAAUGGUUCUUGUAAGAUGGUUUUCUACUUCAUGGGGAUAGGGAAUAUUUACUCUAACUUCCUUUUCCUGAAAGUAGAAAAAGUUAUAAAGAAAUUGGAUGGUAUUUCACGUGUGCGUUUGUUCUAUGUUGCGAAUCGAGUCAGUUCUUGGAGAAAAGGCCAAGUGACGCUAAACAGCGAUGUUGAUUUUCAGGUGGAGAUUAUGGUAUAUUCGCAUUUGGCUUUUUCUGGCAAAUUAGCUCUAGAUGACGUAAUGUUCACCGAAGGCUGUUUUACACAAGAGCUAACGCCAAUUAAAAUUGUCAAGCCUCAGUCAUUACCCAAGUACAAUUUUCCAGAGGGUGUGUUUUACGAGAGGACAGGCAACAGCUGGUCAAUGGUUUGCGAUAAAGACAAGGCACUAGCAGCUUGCAGACAUCUUGGAUGCAACGGUUUAGCGGAUAGCACCUUGGUAGAAAGAGGUUUUAAGUCAGGCCAGGAGAUUUGCCUUUUGAGCAACAACACGCUCUCUAAUUCAAGCAGCUGCCACAAUUCAACUGGCUGCAUUAAUGCUACGUUCUGGAGAUGCAAAUCAGAGCAAAGAAUGACAUGCCCCCGUUUGACCCACAACACUUGUACCAGUGGCGCUGGAAGCCCAAUGUGUUACGAUCACAAUCAGAGAUGUGACUUUCAUAAGGAUUGUCCCGGGGGUGAAGAUGAAGAGGACUGCAUAGAAUACAAAAGAUGUGAUUUUCAAAACGAUUUCUGCAAUUGGAUACCAUCUAAGCAAACGACUUUAAGAUGGCAGCGCACGAAUACAAGGGAAGGCAAUCACUGCUAUUUGAAAGCCGAUUCAAAUUCUUCUGAAUACGAUCAGGGAAAAUUGCUGUUAAAAGAUACCAUUGAAGGCUCCCCCAACGUCACUUGUGUGUUGCGCUUUUCGUAUCAAUUUAACAAAGACUGGAGAGGAUCUUUGCAAGUUUUCUCGCUCACAAGCAAAACCGAAAGGGAAAUCGAUUGGAUCAGAGCCCCGAACUGGCAAGGCUGGUUAAGAGAGAACCUUAUCCUACCCACACGCGGCAAUUUUAAGAUCCGGAUUGAUGUCUUAGACACGUACCACAAAGGGAUCUUCAAACUGACCAAUAUGUCACUCUCACCUGACUGUCUCUUUCGAAAUCACACUCAUGUCCCAAGCAGUCGAUCCGAUAUUUUCGCCUGUCAUAGUGGCGAGGAUAUAUCUUCUUCGCUAGUCUGCAACCUCAAUGCGGAUUGCUUUGACGGCAGUGAUGAGUUGAAUUGCAAAAAUCACCCGGAAACAUGCACAUUUGAGAACUCCUUGUGCAACUGGCGUAUCGAAGAGAAUGCAACUAAAAUAUUGCGCCGCCGCAAAGGCUAUUCACCUAGAAUUAAAACCGUUCCGUCAAAAGAUCACACCAACAAAUUUGUCAGUUAUCAGAUACACUUGGACGCACGUUGCAAAAGAAAAGGUCAUAGUGGGUACCUUAUCAGUGGAUUGAUGCAACAGCCUUUAUCUGGAAAAUGCACGUUUCGCUGGUUUUAUUAUAUUAGUAAUAGAUAUGGAAACGGGAAGUUGGAGGUCAUGUACUAUGAUCCAAUGAGCCGCAUUGAGAAGAUUUUAUGGACGAAUAAAGGUUACCAAGUACCCUCGUGGAAAUACGGCAAUGUCAACUUCUAUACUUCUUCUCUGUUCUACAGGAUAAAGCUGAAAAUCACCUGUGGAGAUUACCAACGGAAUCAUAUUGCCAUAGACGAUGUUUCUUUUACAGAGGAUUGCUACAACGUAGCAAAUUACACUGCACUCACUAUAAAUCAAGUCUGCAAUACAGGCCAGGUUAUGUACAAGGUAGAAAAUCGCUCUGCAUCCAUUUUUUACGAAUACAACACCAAGCUAGGUAGCCACCUCCGCUGCCAGUGGCUUAUCACCGCCGAUCCAAGGCUACGAAUCCAUUUAUCGGCAGAAUAUUUUUAUACAGCUUACAACGAUAAAGUAUUAAUCCGUCACGACCACAGCAGUACAAUCUCUGGGGUGAGAGCCCCGUUUUACCUGGUUUCACCAAGCAAUAUCCUAAGAGUUGGGUUUAAUGCAACUCAUAUGAACAAUUCACAAGGAUUUGUGUUCAACAUCUCUUCAACUGAUGAACAAACGCUCCCUGCAAUACCAUAUGGACUUCCAAGUGGUUCGGGCAACAUAGAGCUAUUCUUAAAGUGUCGUGAUGAAUACCAAACUUCUCAGUUGUUCAGGAAUUUUGCUACUAUUGAACCGCGCCUCCGAAUUAGUUUUGAUAUAGCUCCAAGCUACCGUAUUGGUUACGAAAACUACUACAGUUACGAAGACUGUGUCUACAAGUUUCAUGCGUCUAACGGAUAUCGGAUGCGUUUCAAUUUCACAUUUUUCUUAACAGAAAGUGGUCCUGAUUAUGUUGAAGUUUUGAGUGGAAUUAUUGGAAAAGGAUUUUUUUCUGGUUACCUUGAUCCCUUCCACUUUGUAUCAAAGGGAAGCUGGCUUUCGUUUCGGUUUAAAACAGAUGGUACUUAUGUAGAACGUGGUUUCAUUCUUAAGGUUACGUUAACCACUGCACCAGCCAUAGGAGUAACAACGGAACAAAAGAUCUCAAUUGUCCCAAGCACCUCCCCUGUUUCAGCGCAUGCAAUGACCCCAGCAAAAAAAGGGUCUAUUGGGAACCUAUCAGCAAAACUUAUCGCCUCUUCCCUUGGCAUUUUGGCUUUUCUGGUCCUUACGUUUAUUUUAAUCAAGUACAUAAGGAUAAGGAAGAGACAGAGAGCUGAACGUUCUAAUCGUGGAGCAGAUCAUUCUUUGCCAGUCCAAAUUCCUGAUGUUUGUUACGCGCCUGACCCUGUUCUUGGAGAUGUACCACCUUCAUAUUCAGAUGCCACUAAAGAAGGGAUCUUUUUUGUGAACACAAGUAACGCUUUUGGUGCGUUUUCGUUGAGAAAUGACCCCCCGCCUCCAUUUGAAGUCGUUAUUAAUGGUGCUGCCGAUGCUUUUGACCUGCCACCAAAAUACAACACGGUUCAAAGCUCUUCUCCUAUUGCUAUAGAAACACCGUCAGGAGCUGGCGCUCAACUAAACAAAAUGCUGACAUUAACGAGUCAGCUCUCGAAUCUGCGAGUGGAAUUACCGGCUGUCGACGGUGACGAUUCAAGACCAGGCUCCGCAGCCCUGACAAGAUCUCGACCAGCAUCCGCAGCCUCGGUUGACUCCGUCUCCGAUCCAUUGCACCCUUUGGUAAGACCCACAACGAGGCAGCAGCGAAACCCCAAUAGAACGCUCCCAUCACCGCAAGUCCGUGUCAGAGCCACAGACAAUCGAAGUCCAGGCACUGAUUCAUGAAACCCUGUAUAACAAACUUUCAAAGCAUUGUAUAUAUAUGACUGCGAAUUUAAGUUUUGUCCAACCAAUGAGGUACCAUGUGGCAAUGUGGGCAUCUUUCCCCUCUUUUAGCCAGAGCUUAGCUCGAUUAUAAUCUUAAAGAUAAUCCUCAGAUGGUAAUGUUCUUGCUAUCCUGGAAAUAUUGAGAGAACGGGUGAUUUGUGCUGCGGCGAUGAGCUUCACGAGCGAUGCAUUUAACCAAGUGGAUAUCUUUUUCCUUCUAUUUCAAUAAAGUAGAUUUGAAAAUAGUAUUUAAUUUUAAAUUUUAGUUAUUUGCAUUUAAUAUCUGCUGCUCUUAGAGUGGUCUGUAGCAUGUAUAAUUCGUUGUCGUUCAAGACAUUCUUUGAUUGUAAUUUUUAUAUUUACUGAACAAUCUGUAAAUUAUUAGACACUCUUUGAUGAUAUCAAGUCCGUAUCGUAUUUUA